CGCCGCGGCGCCUGCGCGGUAGCAGCCUGGUGUCGGUGCGCUUAGGACGCCUCUCGCGCCUUGGCUCCCGCUGUCCGCGCGAGCCGGUUUGUGCCCAGUGCCCUGUGCACACGCCUUGCAAGCGACGGCGCCAUGAGUCUGACCAGUUCCAGCGUACGAGCCCGCUCCAUGCUGGGAAUACUCAACUCUCCUCUGAGGCUGAGGCUAACCAGAUUAUGCUGAACUUGCUUCUCUCCAACAUUGCCUGGAGCUGGGUUUCUAAGGACUCCUUUAAAAGCUACACAAAAAGAAUAGAUGGCUUUUGAAUGGAUUGCAGCAGUCACCAUUGCUGCUGGAACAGCUGCACUCGGUUAUCUAGCUUAUAAAAGAUUUUAUAUUAAAGAUCAUCGCAGUAAAGCAAUGGUAAACCUUCACAUCCAGAAAGACAACCCCAAGGUAGUACAUGCUUUUGACAUGGAGGAUUUGGGAGAUAAAGCUGUGUACUGCCGUUGUUGGAGAUCCAAAAAGUUCCCAUUCUGUGAUGGGGCUCACACAAAACACAACGAAGAGACCGGAGACAACGUGGGACCUCUGAUCAUCAAGAAAAAAGAAACUUAAAUGGACAGUUUUGAUGCUGCAAACCAACUUGUCAUGAUGUUACCUGAUUGUUUAAUUAGAAUGACUACCACUUCUGUCUAAUUCACCUCCCCCGGGUUCUAGAUGUGGUAUAUUGCAAACUAGAGCUUUCAUAUUCAUGGCAUUUGCCUUACUUGUUGAAACAUUGUGGUGCACAUUUGUUUAAACAAAAAAAAAAGAAGGAAAAAGUAAAAACCAACCUCAUGGCCUGUGGGUUAUUUUGGUCUUGUAAGGAUCCGUUUCUUAAAAUAUUGACAUUAGAAUAUAGUUGUAUCUUGAAGUCAACAUAUUAAAUUAUUCUGAAAAUCA